UUCUCACAUUCACACAAAAGAUAUCUCAACAUUAUCACUCUACUUCAUACCCAAACUAAAAACAGCCAAUAACACUUUCUACUAUUUGUCAAUUUCCUCAUUCAAAGAUAUCAUUCACAUCUCCUAAAUUUCGAUAAAUAAACAAAGCCCUAAUAUUCAGUUGCUAUCUGUCUCUCAGCUCGGUUAUACAUAUAUAAAAUUAAAAAGGUCCAAAAUGUGGAUGAUGGGUUACAACGAAGGAGGAGCAGAUUCCUUCAACGGAGGAAGAAAGCUUCGUCCUCUCAUGCCUCGCCUCUCUUCUUGCCCCACCGCCACCGCAAACACCAACUCCGACCACCACUUUAAUAUGGCAGUGGUGACAACAAUGACGGCGGAGCAGAACAAGAGGGAGUUGAUGAUGCUAAACUCAGAGCCUCAACAUCCACCAGCAAUGGUGAGCUCACGGUGGAAUCCGACACCGGAUCAGUUAAAGGCUCUUGAAGAGCUUUACCAACAAGGAACAAGAACUCCUUCGGCCGACCAUAUCCAACAAAUCACCGCGCAGCUACGACGGUACGGGAAGAUAGAAGGCAAAAACGUUUUCUAUUGGUUCCAAAACCACAAAGCCCGCGAACGCCAGAAGCGUCGACGACAAAUGGAAAAUGGCCACGAUGAAUCAGUCGUUACGACAACGAGUCUUGUCUCAAACCAAGGAUUUGACAAGAAAGAUUCAAAAGGUUACAAGGUUGAACAGACCAAGAACUGGAUAUGUUCGGUCGGAUGCGACACACAACAAGAGAAACCUCAUGACCAUCAUCAUCAGGAAGAGCCUGUCUCAAUAGCGAUGGUAGCAACGAAACGCAAUGGUCGUCAUGGAGGAGACGAGAUACAAAGCUUUCCUGUGAGAAGUGCCAGGUGGCAUAUGAUGCAGCUGCCACCUGGACUCUACCCUUCUUCACAACAACAUCAUAAUCAUCACCAACUCAAUCUCAACUCCACUACAGUUUCUUUAAACUUGUCCACUAGCAACAGUAACGUUUCCGCUCCUAAAGAUACAGUCACAUUUUCACCUUCAUUUCUGAGGACAAGAGGAGCAAGGAACACAGAUGCUUGUGAUGAUAAUAAAGAUCAAGAACAACAUGAAGAUUGCUCAAACGGUGAAUUGGAACAUCAAGAACAUACACUAGAGCUGUUUCCAUUGAGAAAAGAAGGGUUUUGUAGCAAUGGUGGGAAAGAGAAGGAGAGUGGCAUUCAAUGUUUCUAUGAGUUUCUUCCGUUGAAGAACUAGUACUACAUGAUAUUUUUCAAGAGAAACAUGUUUUUGUGUUAUCAUAUUACUAGAUUAAUUAACUAAUCAAGUUAUAGCGAGCUAGGGUUUUGUUUGGGACUGAGGGCAGGCGUGUCUUUAUGGUGUUGAUGUUAACAUUUCAUAAGCGUUUGCCUUGAAAUUCACU